AUGUAUUACAAAUGCACCAAGCUAUCAUGUGCGGGUAAAGGGAUAUUUAAAAACAAUAUCUUUAAUGUAUCCAAACAAUGCUCUGCUCUUGCCUGCUUAGAAAGUUUAUCUAAAAUAUUUUCUCCAGCAUCAUUUGAGACCAUAACCAACCCAGAAAUAUAUAUAGAUAUAGAUGUUGCUCUUGCUAGUAAAAAUCAGCCAUCAGUUGAGUUGGUUUUCGUUGUAUCCUCAGAUGACGAAGAAAGACCAGACAUACCAUUACCACUCCAUGGGAAAACCAAUGAUGAGUUAGCUACAAAAUCAUCAAAUGAUGAAACAUUAUGUGUUCAUGUGAGCUAUCAGUUGAUUUGGCUGGAAAAUCAUCAAAUGAUGAAACACCACACCGUUCUCAAAAAGAUGUUUCACUUUACUUAAAUUUUCAUUUUAAAAAUGAUAAUGAAAAAUUGUUAGCUGUUGAAAAUAUUUGGAUACCUGAC